GCAGGCGGGCGGGCCUCCUUCGCGCCGUUCACGCGCUCCAUGAGCCGGGUCGGGGCCGCAGCGCCGCGGGGGGGUCUGUCGGGCGCCCCAGCCCCGAACGUGACUGCGAGCGCGGCGGGCUCUGCGCCACCGAGCGCUCCAGCGAGGCAGCCCCGGCGGGUCCCGAGCCAGGAGGGCUGGGCGGGACUCGGAGAAAUGCGGUAGGGAACAAUCGGCACUCCGGGCACGUUUGCAGCGGCGUCGCGCGCGCCGGAGUUGGUCGCCCGCCGGGCAGCCCAGCGCCGAAGUUUGCAAGGGGCGUCUCUUGUCAAGGCAGAACAAUGAUCGCCUUUCCCCUUAUCAGUCUUCUUCUCCUCUUUGUGGUUGGCUACGGGUCGUCUGAGAACUCCAGUACCUCAAGAGGGUGUGGCCUAGACCUUCUUCCACAGUAUGUUUACCUCUGUGAUCUGGAUGCUAUCUGGGGGAUAGUAGUGGAAGCUGUUGCUGGGGCUGGAGUGCUGACGACAUUGUUGCUGAUGUUGAUCUUGCUUGUGAGGUUGCCCUUCAUCAAGGAUAAAGAGAAGAAGAGUCCUCUGGGAGUGCAUUUCCUCUUCCUUUUGGGGACCUUGGGACUUUUUGGCUUGGCGUUUGCAUUCAUCAUACAGGAAGAUGAGACCAUAUGUGCAGUCCGCCGGUUUCUGUGGGGGGUCCUCUUCGCACUGUGUUUUUCAUGCUUGCUCGCUCAGGCCUGGAGGCUACGGAAACUAGUACGGCAUGGCAAAAGCCCAUCAGGAUGGCAGCUGGCUGGUGUGGCCAUCUGUCUUGCACUUGUCCAAGUCAUUAUUGCUACUGAGUGGAUGAUACUGACUAUUGUGAGAGAUGGACAGUUGGCUUGCAAUUAUGAGCCGAUGGAUUUUGCAAUGGCUUCCAUCUAUGUCAUGUUUCUGAUGGUGGUGACCAUGGGCUUUUCUUUCUUCACGAUGUGUGGAAAGUUUAAGAAGUGGAAGAAGAAUGGUGUAUGCCUCAUUAUAGCCAGCUUUUUCUCAAUUCUCAUUUGGGUUGCUUGGCUGACUAUGUAUUUGUAUGGUAACAAGGAACUGGGAAGAAGAGACCAAUGGAGUGACCCUACUCUUGCAAUAGCCCUGCUGUCCAGUGGCUGGGUGUUUGUGAUCUUUCAUGCUAUUCCAGAGGUCCACUGCUCCAUUCUUCCAUCUCAACAAGAAAACACACCUAAUUAUUUUGAUACUUCACAACCACGCAUGCGUGAAACGGCUUUUGAGGAUGACCUUCAGCUUCCUCGGAGCUACAUGGAAAAUAAAGCCUUUUCAAUGGAUGAACAUAACGCAGCUUUACGAACGGCAGGAUUUCGCAACGGCAGCUUAGGAAGCCGUCCGAGUGCUCCCUUCAGAAGCAACGUCUACCAGCCCACUGAGAUGGCAGUUGUCUUAAAUGGUGGGACUAUUCCAACUGCUCCGCCAAGUUACACUGGAAGACACCUUUGGUGAAAAAGCUUUAUAGGCUUUUUAGAGGAUGGAGAAUGAUUAACACAUUUUAUAUCCUGGCAGUGUGUCUUUAUGAGGGAGGAGUCAAUGCUAGCAAAGGACAAAGCAACGCAAAACAGCGCCCCAACAAAACCCCAUCCAGGAGCUUGGGAUGGCCUAGAGGCAAUAGCUUGUUUUACUUCUUAAAAAAAAGAAAGUAAUGUGAACACUGUUGAAUUGAUAAGCUAACCAUAAAAGUGAAACCUCUGCAGUGAAAUAUAAGCUGAAACUAUAUUUAAAGAUAGGUGUAGGCACACUUUUUUUUUGAAAAAUGAGAGAAGGGGACACAGUGUUCUGAAAAGGCAAGAGAGCUUUUAUCUGAAGCCAGUGUGCAAGGCAAACUGGUUGCUUUGGAAAGGAGACUAAAACAAAAUAUAUCAAGUCAAUGUCCUUAUUAAAAUUUAAUCCACAUUGCCGUAAGAGAUUGGCCUUGUAGGGUUAUCUUUUUACCUUGUCAGUCUUCUUUGAUAAUUCUAAAAGGUCCACAAAAAUGUCAUCCCCAUUCAUCUAGAAUGCAGCUUGACUGUCCCUUAGAAUCCACAAUAGACCAUCGAUUACAAACUCACCCCAGAGUAAAGAGGAGGUUCAUUUUUAUAUGCCACAUACUUAGUGGGUUUCUAAUACAAGCUAUACAAGUGCAGGUGUUGGUGCCUGCUUAUCAGAUGCACUUAACUGUGAUCUGGUGACUUGGUCUCCAGCUAUGGUUCCUGACCGGCUUUCUUUUUCUGAGAAGUGACAACAGAAAGUCACCCGGUAAUCUGUGUACAUAUGGGGUGGGGCAGUACUGACUCCUCCUCUUGCAUGCAGGAUACUGCAAAAGCUGGUGUAAGAAGGCAGAGUUGUAUGUGCAGACCAAGACAACAUAGCCCUUGCAUCAUCAUAGGUAUGAACUAUCUCCAGAACCACUUGGAGUUUAAGGACAUCUAUUGUACACUUCAUAGAAUCACACACACACAACUGCAACAGCAAGAUGGAAGACAAAAACAAGGAAAGUAAGAGGGGCUUCUCUGGGGGGGCAGUCUGCAAAAUUCUCCCCUCCCUACUACAUAUUCCUUCCCAUCCCCAGCUAAACACUGAAGCUUCAUGGACUGCAAAUGGUUUGUUAAUUUUAUUGCAUUUUAUUGUGUGGUCAAUUUAAUAUGGAGCCUUUUAUUUUGUAUGGGAUUGUUUUUCUUUUGGUUAUUGGGGAAAGGUUUUCUUUCUUUUUUCUUUCCAGAGGGUACCAUGUUCUCACUGCCUUUUUCAUAUUUCCAUGGUUUUAAUGGUGUUCAGCAAAAUCAUUCCUUCAUUAUUUAGCAUUUAAAUGCAUAUUGGGCAUGUGAAUCAGUCAUUACAUCCUCAGUGCUGGCCACCAUUGCACUCUGCUUUCCUAGAGAUUAAAAACUAUUGAGUUUGGUUGGUUGGUUUCUUGUCUUAGGACAUAAGAUUACAAAAUAGGUAGCAAAAUCGACCUUUUCUUUUCGCAUUUGCUCUGGCAUAAAUACAUUUCUCUUUUGAACGAUCAAUAAAAAGAUAUAUACAGACAACAAUGAAUAGCUCAGUAGCUUCAACAAGGAAAAGCUACCAGCUGUAUCUUGCAGAAGGAAAAAAACCCCUAUUUCUUUUGGUGGGUGGAAAAAUCUCUUUUUCUUCACAUACCUCGUUUCUACUAUUGACUAGACUUGAGCUUGUGCUGCUUCAGACUGCAGAUGGGGGGUGGGUGGGUGAAGUGUACCAAAAUAAAACAUGCCUGUAGAAAACUACCACGUCUGGGAGGAGGACAGGUUGGAAACCCUCUCUCAGAUGUGUGGAGAAGGGGUUCUAGUUCAAUUCCUGUUAGCUUUCUCUGUGGAAAAAAAUUGAUUGUUUGGGAAAGAUGUUCCAUCACAUGGAUCCCACCUGCAAUCUAAAGGGAUUCAGGCCAAGGUACAGAUUUACCAUGUUAAUGAGACCAUGUAGCUAACCCCACACACACUAAAAUGUUCUCCCUGACCAAGAAAAAAUUCCCGAGGAGUAGCUGUGUUAGUAUUUCACAGCAAAAAUGAACAUAGGUCUUGUGUCAUCUGUAAGAAGUUUUUAUUCUAGCAUGAACUUUCAUGGGGGCUCUAGACCACACAAGCCUUUAUUUUGACAGAGAAGGGGGAUGAGAGAUCAGGAUGAAUGUGAUAUCCCCUGUGGUAUUCUAAAAAAUAUCCCUUAACACACCACGAUUCUCAUAGCAAAGUUAUUUAACAUUUUUCAACUUUUAAAAGUAGAGAAUAGCAAUAAUUUUCUGUUGUGCAUCAUCACAAGAACCAAGUUACCUCCUGAGAGAUAACUCUGACCAAGACAAACAAGACACAUACAUACUUUUACAAAAAUAUUCAUCAGACCUUGAAUCAAUGAUAAAAGUUGAUUAAGGAGAAACACAUGGUAAAGGCCAGGGAUUUUCUAUUGCCAAGCAAUCUAGACAUUCCUGUUUUAAAAGAGGCCUUGCUCAAAAAAGAAUAAAGUAUUGUGAUUUAAAAAGUUGAAUUCAGAAAAUGUUAAAUUUGGCACUAUACAAAAAUCCUGUUUGAUGCUUUCCUGUAUAAUGUGCAUGUAUUUUUUAAAGUAGAGCUGCAGUUUGAAAAUGGGUUUCUGAAACGUGUAAGAUGAACAUGGUAUAAAUGGCAGAACAGUUUAAUGUUAGCAAAAAUCAAUGGAAACAAACUAAUCUAUUUUUAAUUUGAGGGGCAACUUUUCUUUAAAAAGCUGAUUCAGAAAUAUUAAGAUGUUUAAUUUUUCUUUUCUAGACAAGAAGGGAUUUAGCAAUCCUGCUCCCCAUUAAGCCAAUGGCAGUUUGGGAUCUUAAACAAAGACAGGGCUGGAUCCUGCAAACACAGGACUUCCAUUUACUGCUCAUGUGAACUUGGCCCGUGAUAUGUAGUGGUAGGAGGUGUGUUAAUUUUAAACUAUAAAAGGGAUUUAUAUAUAUUUCCCACAGCAACUUAUUUUUGAACCACUUAAUUUUUUUCUCAGUCUGUGGUGUUUGUGAUGUUAGAUGCACCCCAAACAAUGUAUGAUUGGAAAUAAAAAGGCACUUUUGUGUUUGUUAUAUUUUUGUUAAUGUAACAGAGGUGUCAAUACUUUUUGCCUUUUCUGAAAAUUAUUUAGAAUGUAGAGCAUCUGGUGAGCAAAACAACUUCACAACAGUAAGCACAAAUUAUGUAGGGAGUCAGUUUCAUGGUAACUCACUUUGGUAAACAUAAAAGCUACUAUGUUCUCCACCAUUGCCAACUUAAUAAUGCUUUUAUGACAGAAAACAAUGAAGUGCUACAGCACCUUGGAACUUGGUUACAUUAGAGUUUUCUAAAUGAGCUAAGUGGUUUCCACCCAUGAUAGCUGGCAGCAAAAGAGCUAGAACUCCAGGCAAUUUAUCAGUAAAGCUUCACUGUUUCAAUAGCAUUUACAUGAGGACUGUGCCCAUGGGUUGCAACCCACACCUCUCUGAUGCCAACAGCAGAACUCCCAAGGACUAGCUGGGUCGAGUAAGCACAUUCCAGAAAAUGUCAAACAUCUCAAUACAUCAAGCAUUCUUUAUUUUCUGUGAACGACACGUUCACCUCCACUAACUGGCUGUGGUGUACCAAUUCCAUGAAAGCUGGGCUGUCCAGUUGAAGCCCUGUGGAAUUUUGUAUUGCCAGUUCCACUGAUGGGGAGCUAGUGCUACUGUCUGUUCAGUGGCGCUGUGUGUGGAGCAAUCACACAAGUUAGAACCAGGGGGUCUUUCCCCUGCAUCAGCCCCUUUGAGUUCUUGGCACGGGCAAUCUAGAAGUGAAAGGUUGUUUCCACACUGGCCUCUCCCUGGAGAGGAUUGUGAUGAAUAUUUUUCAGGGCUCAAAUCAUGGUGUUUUGAAAGGUAGCGUGUCCCCAGAAAAGACCUUCCUAGGGAUGAAACUCUAGAUUAGCAAGAUGUGUUAGAAUUCUAGCUGUGUCCGCAUUUAUAAGGACAGCCCCUCCUAUCUGGUUAACUUUUCGGCUUUAUGCCUUGGUUCUAACCCCAGGCGGGAAAAACAUAAGCACUGUAGCUUUUAUAAAAACAGGCCAGGCUAUCGUACCAUUUUACCAGAUUACACAGCAGGUGCUUUUUAUUAACUUACGAGAGCCAAGUCUCAUUUUUGAUAAUAUAUAUAUUUAUUAAAUGUAUUAAUGUGUGUUUUAUAAUGUACCCCUUCCUCGCUGCUGACUGUUGCAUACCGUUAACCUUGUACAUCUUUGAAGGGUUUUCAAGACAAUCAAUGUGUACCAUAAUGACUGUACAUAAAUAUACAAGAUUAAAAAGAAGUUGUAAAGCAUGGGCAAAUAUACUUUAUUUUCAAAAUGCUGUUCUUAACAAAAAUUAAAAUAAAGGCUUUACUAUUUA